AUGCGCCCAGCUACCUCGAGUNCAGCUAUCGUUGCUUCGACUUCCUUUACUUUGAUCCGCGCCUACACCGAACGCAAGAAACGCAAGCAAUGCAAGAAGCGCGCGAAGUCGGCUGCCUCGAAGGACUCGUUUCAGCAGAAGGAUAUUUCUGGCUUCUUGACUCGCAUGUGGCAGAACGACCCUUUCAAGGCCAAGUGGAGCAUCCUCGCUAAGGCUUACUCAAUCAUUCGCGAGAGUAACACCAAGGACGCUGCGCCUCUCGACAAGUUCCUGGCCCUCACUUGCCCUCUGAUCGGCAUCAUCCCCAGAGACGACUAUCUCGGUGUCAUGGGCUGGAGCAUCGUUGACACGGCUGGAGUCAAGAGCAUGGAGCGCAUGUACACUCCUGACAUCUCUUCAUUCCCCGAGAACAUUCUGACCACCAACUUGUCCUCUGAGGAGAUCGUCGCCCAUUACCAGCGUGUCAGCUACGUUGACCACAAUGGCACUGAUGUCGCUCGCAAUCAGGGCUCGACUGCUGCCCUCGCCAUGGCUGCUCAGCCUACGUUCGAGUCCGCUCGCGAGGAAGUUGUUGCUCGCAGCCACCACACCGGCCACAUCCAGCAGAACAGCAACAUGAUCGGCAACUCAGGCUCAACCACCACCUUCACCAGCAUGGCUGCUCAGCCUAUGUCCAAUGAGGCAUCAUCUUCUCCUCCUGUGUUCGACUUCUCCACCUCUGAGUCUCCUUACCAGCCUGAUGACCAUGACUUGUUCGUUGGUGGUACCACCGACCAGGGCGCUCUUGACCAGAACAACAACAACGCCAUGGGUGCCAGUGGUCCUGUCAGACAGACCGUUCACAACCUCUCAAGUCAGCAGUACCCCUUCAUGGACGAGUUCGACCCCUUCCAGUCCAGCUCGCUCGACUUCGAUCCCUUCAACAUGAACCAAGACGCCGCCUUCGCCAGUAACAGCAUCGGCACCUACUUGGCUCCUAGCAGCAACGACUUCCCCGAGACCUUCAACAUUGACGACUUGUUGAGCAGCGACCUAUUCGACAUGACA